AACCCGUGCGGUGAUGGCGAGGAAACCCCGUUGACAAGGCACUGCUUUUUCAUGACGGUGAGUUUCCCUUUGAGUGUAUUAUAAUUUUGUGAUAAAAAUUUCAAGGAAAAAACACACACAACCUCCUUCCUCCCUUCCUUCAGGGAGGGAAGAGAGUUUGAGCGGAGAGAAAAAUCUAUCUGAGACAGAACAGGGACAGUGAGAAAAAUAUAUGAGUGGGAGAGGGAGAAGGAGGAGGAGGAGAAGGAGGGGGGGAGCAAAUUAAAAGUUGCCAAAUGGAGAUAUUGGGUUUCAAGAGGAGUGAGACAGGAGUAAAGGGUUUGCCUCUUUGAGUCGUCUUUAUGUUGUGAUAAUCGGGAUAAAUGUUUACGGCUUGACACGGUUUAGUCCUCUGGCAUUUUCGACGAAUCCACCCGACGUUUUCAAAACAGGCGUCGUCGACACCGCAGCUAGCUAGCCAGAACAGGCCGGUGUUAUUCGUUAAAAUGUUACGGAGCUUCGAGUCCGCAGAGCUACCCGACCAGAACAAGGGCUUGUACGGAAUCCCCCGGUUGAAACGCGUCGGUUCUGUAUAUCGAGACAAAUGUGACGUUUUUCAUGCUGGCAGAUGAGCCACAUUGAGGACAAAUGAAAGCCUCCCCAACAGAGAAAGAAAGAUCACGUCAGCGACGAGCAGCCACAGGCUGGACGUCGGGCGUUUUGUGCUGCUUGAAUGCGAUUAUCUUUCUGUCGAUUCAGUCUAUUUUUGGAAAUAAAACUUGCAAGCUGUACAUUAGCUGGCUUACUUAGCGAUACCAUGCAGCCCUUGUAGCAGGACUGCAGCAGGGACUAGCUUGGUCUGCGUCGAAGCAUUCAAGCUAGUGCGGAUUUCGGAGACUACGAAUUUAAGCCCUCAAUUAAACAAACUCUUUAAAUGUAUCGGUAACGUUAACUUUAUGUUCGACAACACAAAUCAGAACUGGCGACAAGUCUGCAAAUCCUCUGCCUUUGAGCUACUUAAAACGCUAUUUUUGUCAGCUUAGGUACUUCUAGCUCUAUCGUCUUUUUAAAAAUGUAAUGUAAGCUAACCGCUUAACUGUAGUUUACAAUUAGCUUAUAUUUUGCUAACAUUGGUAACGUUUAAAGUAACACAUGAUGUGCCAGUUAUAUACAUCGAUAGAUGACAGAAACAAGUGUAGUGUUAUUUUUGUAUUUUAUUUGACCUACACAGUACACAUAUGGAGCUUAUUUUGUGAAAUAAAACGUCACUGUUAAUCGUUUGGUUUCCUUUUUUUGUUGGGAAAGGUCGAAAUUGCUUCCUCACAUUUGUGUAGCUUUGGGUCCAAUUUUAAAGGAAAAAGGAGCCCCUCUGUCUGUUAUAGCAUAUCUCCUGAAAAGAAAUUGUAGCAAAUUCAGUGUGGAUAUUAAAUAAAUUACAAUAUUCUAUACUUGAGGAAGCGUUAGGUUGGUUUCAUAGUAUUUAAAAGUCAUGGUUCUGUCAGUUUCCAGAGCCUAGUUUGCACUGCAGCCCUGUCGUUCUUUGUUCUCCCUGAACCAAAGAUGGAGGCUGAACGUGGUUCUGUUGUAAGGACAGCCUAUUGCAGGGUAACAGCCAUUUUGUAGCAUUGCAGUUUCAUCUACGCAGCAACAGAGUGUAUUUCUCAAUGACUUUACAGAUUACAACAUAAAAUCCUUUUAAUAAGUUGCUGGAUGAAUGAACAAAUUAUUUUCUGACACAUAAGCUACAUUCCCUCGCCAUGUGCUCCAUAUUUCGUAAAUACAAUUAUAACAUUAAAAUAGUAACCUCAUAAGAUAUUCAAACACUCAUUACCCAUUACUCAGCUGCAUCAUGAUUUGGCCUGUAGUCCCUCUUAUAAUGAAGCACUAAGAGCGCUGCAUACCUUUGCAGGCUGACAACUUAAAGCCAACACCUCUUUCUAUGUAGAAACUCAAAACAACUAUGGUAUAUAAAUGGAGCAGCAGGGUGGAGUUAUUUACACUCUAAUGGCCAUUUUCAGUCUGUGCAGACAACCAAUGUGGGACAGCAGAGGAGGGUAAUGGGUGGGAGUUUUGUGUGUGAGACAAAUAUCUGUAGGAGGGGAUGAAGGCCAUCCUGCCCUUCACUAUACAGAUUUACCACAGCACUGAAUAACCUAUUUGUAUUCCUCUUCACUCCCCACACGUCACACCCAUAUUUUCCUUAAUCUCGUCCAUCUCGUUCCCACACCCUGUUUCUCACAUGUUUAUUUACUUAAUACUAAAUGCAGUUUCUCAACCUGCAGCCCAGAAAACAAAGGGUGUUAAAUGACUGAAUCCAUGCUUCCUGCUGGAAAUCUGUGUCAUGGAUGAUGAGGACGAUCGCCAUCUUCUUGAUAUUUUAGGAGAUGUGGAUGCUUUAAAUGACUAUCUCCAUGGCAGCAACAGCAAGUCUAUUGAGGAGGAUGAUGUAACAAAUGCAGCUUAUGGGUCGGAUGGGUCCUUCUUUUCGAGUGACACGGCUGGCUCCAACUCUGGCCUCAAGGAUGGCUCUUCUACAAUGGGUGAUUUCGGCGAGGAUUCAACAGGGGCAGGCCUUCAGCUCUCCGGUAGCCUUUCAUUUAUCGAGGAUGAAUUGGGGCCUGGGAAUUCUCCCGGAGGGGUGGAUCUUGGGGGCGAGGACCAGCCCUUUGACAUCCUACAGAAGUCCCUUAUGGAGGCCGACAUCACAGAGCAGACGUUGGCCCAGGAGGCCUUACUGGACUCCCAGCCUGCCCCCACUCUGGUGCAGGCUCCUGUACCCUUCCCCUCCCAGCUGGUUUCUGGGGGGGGUUAUGGCGGAGGAGUUGUAACCACAGCGACAGCUGCUUUCCCAACAGGCCAGUUCCUACAAGGUGUUUCCCCGCUGCCCAAUGGCUCCGCCCAGCACAUCCAGGUGUUGGGCUCGUUCGGGGCAGGGGGUGGUGUGAUGACUCUGAGCAACUUGGAGAGAACUCCCCAGCUCGUGUUGAGGCCCGGUGCGCCUGUAGCUGCAGCAGGGGCCGCAGCAGGGGGGCAGGUCUUCGCCCCUACUCAAGGUCAGGUGGGCUUACCUUACAAAAACAUCCCCCUUCAAAACAUCAUCAUACAGAGAGGCCCAGGGGGGACACAGACUCUUGUUAGACCCAUCCAGCCUAAACCCCUCCAAACUGGGGCUCAGACUGUGUACAGCCUUGGCCUUCAGCACACUUCCACCACCAUGGCUAAUGUAGUGAACGCUAACACUGCUACUCCUGGGGGGCAAUACACAGCCAAUGGCUCUAUUGUAGUGCAGCCAACCCUGGAGCAGCAGCAAGCGCAGGCCCAGACAAAUCUCCAGCCUGGACAGUUCUUACUGCCCAACUCCUUGGCUCUUACUCCUGCUAGCAGUAUCCAUAACGGCCCUACUGACCCCAACUCAAACCCCAUGAUUACCAGUCAGAACGCUGUGCAGAUUCUUCAAGGGCAGAACUUUACUCCACAGCAGGGAGGACAGCUCAUUUUGAAUCAGGGGGUAGUCAGCAGGAGUCAGAUUGGAGGGGGUGUAACUCAAACAUGGACAGGGGUUUCUUGUGCGAACCCCGCCCCCAUGCAGACGUCGUGCUCUGCCGGGCGGCUGACUCUGGUGGGUCCAGCAACGACGGGGAUCGGCGGUCAAGGCCAAGUGCAGGGGGGCCACGUUCAGCGCCUUCUGGUGACACAAACUCAGAAUUUCACUUCCCUGUCCCCUUUAGCCAGUACUGUGACACAGGAAGACUACAGACAGAAUGCUUCAUCACCUGCCCUCAAUCAGGUGCAGCUCAGCAGCAUCCAUGCCAUGACAACAAUGACUCAAGAUUCAAAGAUAAACUCUCAGAUCAGUGCUCAGAAGAGACCUGCCCUUCCACCACUUACAAGAGGAGAAAUGAUUUUACAGCAGUUGAGGAAGGAUCAUGCUGGAGUUCAGACCAUAGAUCUGCGUCGAUUUCAUUCAAUUGAUGAUGCACUGCAGAGACUCCUCCCGUACCACGUGUUCCAGGGAACUCCACCCAGCCAGGAGGAGUUCUCAGAGGUUGAUGAAGAAUUUGAAGUAGUUGCAACUCAAGUGCUGAAGAGGACUCAUACUAUGGUUAACAAAUACAGACGGUUACUUAUGGUGGAAGCGGAGCGUUCAAGUCCGUCAUCAGAAAUGGUGAUGAUUGACAGGACGUUCAACCAAGAGGAGCGCAGCAACCUGACACAAGACAAACGCAUGGUACUAGUAGAUCCAGACACAUUCUUGGAAGAUUUCUGUUGUGGGAGGAAAUCCAAACUAUUCCAAGAUCCCUCCCCCUCCAAGUCAUCUUCCAGCUGUAGCCAGAAUACGUCGGACAUAGGCUCCACGGAGCCAUCGCACAGGACAGACUCCAAGCCCGGGUUUGGAGACCCGGGAGGGGGUGAAGGUGCAGGACAAGGUGCAGUAGAUAAACUCCACCCUCCGCUAUUAGAAAACAAGAGUGUCCUGGAACUGAAGCGAUCUCAGCAACACUACGGGCCCAGCGGCAACAACAGCCUCCCAGCUGCCAACAGUUAUCCCCAAGGUAACCCCUCCCCUUUCACAGCAACGUCAAGAGGACAGACGCACUACCAGGGGUCUCACCACCUCUCUGCGCAACAGAUCCCGCCCGAGUUCCCACCUCAGCUCUCCUCCCCCCCCCACGCCGACACAGACUCUGCUCUCGAGGCGGCAGUCAACAGCAUCUUGGAAUGUUAAGACUGAUAUCAUCCCUAAUGUAUCGUUUCCCCCCCCCGUGUAUUAAUCUCCCCUGUUAUAAUUGUUGUUUUCCCCCCAAAACAUCUGUGUGAAGAGAGGUUUUCUCCGGCCAUGUAGCAUGUAUUUAGUUUGUCUUUUUUACCCAUUGUUUCCGGAGGGGGUUUUGAGGCAUGAAAGCACUUAAUAUUACCUAUAAAAACCGGGAAUGUGUGCAAUGCAAUGUACUCACAGACGGAAAAUGUUUUGAUUAAUUUUAAGUUUUUAGAGUCUGCCAUUACAGUCCCUUGAAUAUAAGAGUCCCUCUCUUCACACACGUUAUUAAUAUUUUGUGCCAGUUAAUUACCCCCCACUACCUAUGCUGAAAAAGGAGGAACAAAAUGAUGACUUUGUGCCUAAUUGUAGGUUUUUAUUUAAGUGUUUACAUGAAGGAGCUCUAUUCAAAAAUAUCCACUGCUUCUGUUUCUUCCUGCAUUACAAACAUACACACAGGCUUUUAGUACAACCUGUGUGGUAGAUUCAUGGUUCAGAGGUGUAGAUUUCCUUAGGUAAGCUCAGUAGGGACACAAUCACAUAGACAAAUUGCACUAAACAUACUGUUGCUUAUUUCAGGAACUAUAUGAACAUGUGGCUUGCUGAUAUAACGCUAGGCUAAAUAGAAUGUGAAUAUUUGGAACCGAAACCAAAAUCUGUUCUCCUGCUUUCAGCUGCCUGCAACAAGGAUAACCUCUUAAUCACUCUAGAAACCAGUCAAACUAGUCACAUAUAAACAUGUAUAGUAGUGUUACUGUACUCAGCAAUGCUUUAUUUCUUGUGCUCAAGUCACAGUUUUUUGGCAUUUUUUUCUUUUGUACCUUAAAGGUAUGCAAGCCCCGACACAGACACAGGACAAAUACUCAAUCUCAAACACUUUUAUCAUUUCACAGCGUGUUGUGUCAGGGGGAGUUUAGUCCUCAGAUUGAGGAAGAUAUGUUACAGUAUGAUUUUUCUUUUAAAAAUUUUUCUUUCCUUGUAUUUUUUAAAAUUGACAUUAAAAACAGUUUGUUGUUCCCCGGCUUUGUGAAGAUGACAAUAUGGUCAUUAGUUUAAAUGAUCCUGAAGGGUCAUUGAUUGUACGUAUGUUGAUCUGCCUUCUGCAUAUAAUUAUAUACUGAUCAUAUCCAGCUAUCUAUGCUUUACGACAGUGACAUGGCAGAGUGUGUGUUAAUCAGGACACAUUCACAUGGUCUAUGACUAUGUUUUCAUCUAGUUUGGUUGUUUGAUUACCUUACUCUUGACUUUGUUCACGUUCACUCGAUGAUUUCAUCGCUUUACAGUGGUUCUUUUAAGCAUCUCCUCUCUUUUACCCUUUCAGCAGCGCAACCAAAAUUCAAAAUAGGAGAGAAAGUGGCUUUGUCCAGAAUCCCAGUCAGAUCUUUACGUCUUUGUGCUGUUAACAACCGCUCUGCAGUGUUUCCUCUGGAGCUGUGCCCCUAAAGCUCCCAUAUGGUUGUGUCUUGAGUAUUUUUUUGUGGUUUUUAUAGUUCAAACUUAAAUUAUUGUUCAAUUGCAUCAUGUUGUAGAAUUAAUCAGAAAUAUUGGCCAGAUUUUUAUUUUUAAGUGCAUUUCUUCGCAAACCUAUAGAAAUCUGCACCAUAUUAAAAGCAAGGCAAAGCAAUUUACAAACCAACACAGCACCACAGCUUGGUUAAAUGCUGACUCUGGAUAGUGUCACCUUUCUGCCUACAUGAGCAGACUGAAAGCCUUUUGCAUGGGGAUGGGUAGAAAACAAACGUCUUCUUUUUUUUCUGUCUGAGUGCCAGUGGCCAUCGCAGCCGGCCUGUAUCUCUGCCUCAACCCUUGUAGAUCUACCAGUUCACACUUAGAAAAAACUCCCGCUUUUGAAAUGAAAUCUCUGUCAUGUGAGAUUUGCUUAAGUGGCUGCUGCAAGACUUUGUGCCUCUAGCGCUCGUUUCCACAGGAAAGUUAGUAAUUGCUGGUUCGUGUUAUCUGGAUGCACUUCAGUGUCUGAGCGCCUGGUUGAAACAUACUGUGCUUUUUCCUUCCCUGUUAUGAGUUCAAUGAUGUUUUUCCUUCAUUUUCACUGUUGUUUUGUCUCACUUGAUUUGUAUAGUUUGUUGUUUUGUACAAAAAUGAAAAGUGAAACACAAAAUAUUUAUAAUUUUUGUAUGGAGAAAAAAAAAAGAAUGUAAAAAAAAAAAGUAAACGAGAAAAUGGAAAUUAUUUUUUAUUGUGUUGGCUAUGAAGUGGAGUCCAGAAAAAAUCAUUAUAAAAAUACUGUCAUUUCAUCAUUUGUAGCUAAUGUGUGUUCACUACAGCAGCAAAGAGAGUCAACAAUAAAUCCAUUUUGAAUACAAUAACAAUA